AAGCCUUGGACAUCCUACAUGGCGAGGGGAGAAUCGAGAUGAAUCCGAUCUGUCAAAACUGAAACAGAACAAUCUUUUAAAGAAUGACUCACUUGUUCCAGAUCCAGUCAUGAACAACCUCUGACUUGCAAAGGAGCUUAACUUAGCACGGCCUAGCUCAUGCCCCUUUGAGUGACUGGGAGGCUGUAUGACAUGCCUUAACCUCGUGAUCAUCAGUGAGAAGAUCUGGGUCGUGAACCAAACGGUGCGGGAAGCGGACGAAGAGAAUGCCGAGAACGACGACUACAGCCUGGGCGGCACACCAGUGGCCUUUUCCAACGCUGAGAACCACAGCGUUUUGAAGAUCGCAACGGAGUCCAUGCCAUCUUCGGUCCAGAUCGAUGCAGUUCAGGAGGAGAUCCUCUCCAAUGCCAGACACGUCUCGGCCAGUCUGCAGGCCAUUCUGCGGCAUCGGAUUGAAGCGAAGCUGGAGAACCAGUCUGUGGUGGAAUUGAACAAUAUGAAGCUCGUCGACCAGCAUUUCACCUUUGAAAAACUGGAUAAGUGGUUGUCGCAGGUUCACUAUCAGACUCGGCACAUCCGCACGGACAAGAACGAGCUGACCAACAACCUGCAAGCGAGGUUGGUGGUGGGCAUGCGAGCCAUAGCGCAGCUCCAUCAUCGACUGGCGGCGCUUCACUCGCUCUGCUUGAAGGCCAAUGUCCUCUGAGCAUCUCUUGGUGCCUUACGGUGCUGUUUCCCAACCGAUUUAGCGGUACCGCUCCCUCCUAACUUCAGGCGAUGUCGAGAAUGACUCCCUAACUCAGAUUGCCAAGCAGUCGCAAGUGCAAGGCGUCCAAUCACAGCACAAAGCCGAAC